AUGGAGAAUUUCCCAGUUGAAAUUCUUCAUCGUAUUUUCGAUAAUCUUGAUAGUGAAACAAUUUUAUUAUCAAUUCGACCUGUCUGUCGAUUAUUUCGUGCGGUUAUCAAUACUUAUAAUCGAUAUAUUUUCAAUUUUGAAUCAAUUUCAAAAUCAAAUUUUCAUCUUCAAUGUCGAUUAAUUCGUCCUGAAAAUGUCAUUUCAUUAAUACUUUCCAAUAAUGAACAUAUUCCUGAUCAAAUAUCUUUAUUUAUGUCAUCAGUACGUCUUCGACAAAUGACUCGUCUUCAAUCGAUAACAUUCAUUGGUAUUAAUGAACUUCAAUUGAAUAAUAUAGUCAAAAGAAUUAAUCUCAAUUCUCUAACUUCAUUUACAUUACAUAUUGAAAAAUACGAUGAUAGACGAAAAAAAACUACAUUAAAUUUUCUUUCAUCAAUUAUGGCACAAUCAAAUCUUCAAAAAGUUGAGUUAAAUAUUAGAAAUGAUCGAAUAUCUGAGAUAUCAUGGCCUGUACAUUGUAGAAUUGAACAUUUAAUCAUAAAUGAAAACAUCACUUUUGAUAAUCUAUGUAAAAUUCUAUCGAGUGCUUCUCAACUUCAUAAACUCAUCCUAAAACAAGAUUUACCCACUAUGAUUGAUCAUAGAAAAUUAACUUCGACUUUCCCACAAAUAACUUCAUUGACAAUUGAACAAUUAGAUGUACCAAUUGAUCGACUUGAGUCAUUUCUUAUGUUAACACCAUCAUUAAUUUAUUUAAAAUUAAUCGGCAAAGAAUGUGUAGCAGAUGGAAAACGAUGGGAACAAUUUAUUCAAAUAAAUCUUCCACAUUUGGAUACAUUUCAAUUUUUUAUGGAUGUUAAAAAAUCAAUUGGACAAACUCGUGAAGAUCUUCAAAUAAUUCUUGAUUCAUUUCGAAGUUCAUUUUGGAUCGAAUAUAAAAAAUGUUUUAUUGCUGGAGAACUCAAUAUCAAACGACCCCAUGAUAUUCAACUCUAUACAAUACCAAUUUGCAAAUUGACUCUUAAAUAUGAAUUAUAUUCAGAAAAAAUCUUUGUUUAUACUACUUCAGAUAUUUCUCCAUCAACAACAGAAAAUAUCAAUGAACUUAAUUUAUCUUUGAAAAUGCAAAUACACGAUAAUACUAUUCCAAAACAACUUUUGUUACGAAUGAAUCCUUUAUUUCCAAAAGUGACUAAACUUCAGAUCGAAUUUGAAUGCAAACCUUCGUUGAAGUCAACGAAAUUUUUUCAAUCAUUAAUCGACGUUUCACGACUAGUGGAAGUUACAUUGGAAAAGUAUUCUUUCGACAAAGGCGAUGAAAUUGUAUUGUGUGAAAUAAUACAUUUUAUUGAACAAUUGCCUAAUCUAACAUCUUUAACAAUUCAUAGUAUGUUUUGCAAAUAUGAAAUGUAUCCAUUUCUAGAUAAUAUUUGUUCAAUAAUUCCACGUCAGAUCAAAUAUUUGCAAUUAGCCAUUAGUAAAUUAGAUCAAAUAAAGAUGAUUUUAGACCGUUGUCAAUAUCUCUCAGUUGUAAAAUUUGAAACAACACGUUUAAAACUCUCCGCAGAAAUUACUCAUUGGUUUACUGAAAAUACUAUUGAUUCAACAUUAACAAGACAAAAUGGAUGUGAUAUUAUAUGGAUUGGAAAAAGAAAAAGUCCAAUGAUAGUUAACCACAAACGAAUCAAAUCAUCCGAUGAUUAA